AAUCCAAUCACCGUCCGUCCUCCCCGCCCCCGUGGAUACGGCGAAGCGUCACAGACUUGCUAUUGUUAUGCAAAUAAAAGCUGCCUAAAAGGAGCUGCCCGGGGUAUCCUGCCCUCUAAAGACGCCCAGGGAAGUGGCUGCGGGGGGACUCGCCUGGGGGAGCGCUCAGGAAACGGGGGGGAUCCGCUGCCCGACGAGAGCCCCUCUCCGGGAUAAGCCCAGCAGCUGCCCCCUGGCCGCGGGCUCCACAACAGAGACUCCAAGCGCCACCCCCCGCCACGCUCCGCCGCUGCGAGGGACCGAGCAAGGCUCCCGCUCCGGCCGCCGGGCUCCCCCUGGAUGCGCCGCCGGGCCGGAUAGCCGCGGCGGCGGCAGCAGCGGGGCGCUCGCCGGCCGCCCGCCUCGCGCACCCCGGGAGCCGCACGGAAGUCGCUGGGCCGGGCGCGGGGGGCCGCGCAGCCGCACGGCGGGGAAGCCCAGGGGGCCCCUUAGCCGGGCCCGAUCCGAUCCGCCAGCCCCCGGGCUGCCCCGCGCCCCGGCCCCCCGCCGCCGCCGCCGCGCUCGGAGCUUCGCGGGCUUCCAUGAGCAUCCGCGCCCGGGGGCUUGUCCGGAGGCCGCGCGCUCAGCCGCAGGGGGCAGCGAGCCCCCGCCCCUAGCUUCGGGCUCGCCGAGCGCCCCUGCCGAGCUGGGCCAGGCGGCGCGGAGACCUGCGCCCGCCCGGCCCCGCCGCGCCCGGAUCCCGCUGCCCGGCCGCGGCCAUGAGCCAGACGGAGCUGUCCACCUGCUCGGCCCCGCAGAGCCAGCGCAUCUUCCAGGAGGCGGUGCGCAAGGGCAACACCAAGGAGCUGCAGUCGCUGCUGCAGAACAUGACGAACUGCGAGUUCAACGUGAACUCGUUCGGGCCCGAGGGGCAGACGGCCCUGCACCAGUCCGUCAUCGACGGCAACCUGGAGCUCGUCAAGCUGCUGGUCAAGUUCGGCGCCGACAUCCGCCUGGCCAACCGCGACGGCUGGAGCGCGCUGCACAUCGCCGCCUUCGGGGGCCACCAGGACAUCGUGCUUUACCUGAUCACCAAGGCCAAGUACUCCGCGGGCAGCCGGUGACGCCGCGGCCGCCGGGCUCGGGCCGGGGCGCAGCGAGCCGGGGCCGGGCCGUGGCUCCCCGUGGCGGGGAGCGGCGCGCUCUGCAGGACCGGCUGGAGCCCCCCGGGGCGGGGACAGGGGCCGUGUCGGCUCGGGCCGCUCUGGGAGCGGGCAGCCCCGGGACAUCCCCGCCCCGCACGCACACGGCUCCCGCCCGGGCUGCCUCCUGCCCCGCGCCGGGCGCCCUGCGGACUCCAGCCCCGGCCGCCGAAGGGGCCGCCCGGGCCGGCGCGCUGCGCCCCGCGGGCUGCUCCAGGUGAGGCAGGCAGGGCAGGACCCGGCCCUCCAGGAGAUGGGGGACCUCUCCGAGGGGCGGGCUGGGCCCUUCCUCCCCCCGGCUGCCUAGCCCGGGACAAAGGUGCCUUCCUAAAUCGCGCCCGCUGACCCGAGCUGCGGGCGGCCCCCGGGGGAGGUGAGCCGGCCGCCUGUGGGCUGGGGGGCCGCGGCCCGGGAGCCGUGACUGACCCGCCUCGGGGCGGGCAAAGCAGCCGCAUCGCCGGACACAGGGGGGGCUUGGGUGGAUUGUUUAUUUUUGUUUAAAUGACAAAGCUGCUUGGACUCCAUGUUUUUUGCAAAGAAAUCUGGGGGCCCACAAAGAUUUUACUGAAAAACCAUUUAACUGCUUUCAAAGGGGUUUUGUCUUUCAAGGGUUUUUUCUCCUACUGUAAUUUGUUUUCUGUCUUGGUUGGUUUGGGGUGUUUUUUUUUUUUUUUUUUUUUUUUUUGCCAUCUACCUCGGCUGCGCUCACAGUAUUCACGGUUUCAGGCAGAGAUCUGGUCAGAUGCUUUAAAGUGCGCUCGCCUCCCCCCUCCCCGGACCCCCCCAGCUGAUGCAUUUGGUGGCGUGUCCGUCCCUGGAAGCUGUCCCUGGGCUGAAAGCGCUCUGGCUCCGAAGUGAAUCCAUUUCAGCAUUUUUAGCAGCUCAGAGUGUGAUUUGCUGAAAACCAGUCGGCGCUGUUCUUUUCAUUCUGUGUUAACGCAAGCUCUGGAGCUCGGCGCGAGCGCAGGCUGCCGGGCCCCUCAUGCGCGGGGCGGGGGGCCGAGCCGAACUCCCGUCCCCGCGGCCAGGAGCGGGAGCGUCCCCCGGCAGCCCGCUCCGCUCCGCGGGCUCCGCACCGGGGCCCGGCAGACACGUCCCCCGCCUCCUCCUGCAUCUCCCCUGGAGCGUGUGACCCAGCCCAGGCCUGCUCGGGAGCCGACCCCGCCCGCGGCAGUCGCGGGAGGGACCCGCGACCCGUCCCGGGCAGGCGAACGCGGGUGGGACGAGCGAACCCGGGAGCUGAAACAAUGGACGUGAAACGAGCUCCGCUCUCCAGGCGGAGGAAUUGCUUUUGCACAGAAAAAGAGUGUGAGCGCCCCCUGCAGUCUAGGAGGAAAGUUUCAAGAACAACCCGAAAACUACUGAGAAAUAGUUUGGGAUUUUUUUCUUUUUCUAACUUUGGUGAAACUUGGCGAACACUUCUCAAUGCAGAAUGAUUCCAUCUGACUUUAUAUAAGUGAAAGGGCGGAAGAGGAACCCCUCUUAACCUGCAUUUGGAAGUGACUGCACAUGGAAUUGCAAUGCUGCUUUUUGUUGCCAUGGCACAAUAACAUCCAUUUAAAAAAAUGCAGAAAAUUUCAGAAGUCUCCUUUCCACGGUUGGCCUUUUAUCCCUCUAUGUUUGUCUGCACUAAACCCCUUACCACUGCCAUCUCCUUGCUGUCCUCUCGUAUUCCCCUUAUCCAAACCAUUACAAUUAAAAAAAUAGUUAUCUACUGUUUUGUUGUUGUUGUUGUUAUAACUAUUUAUCAUAUAUGUAUAUAUUUGUGGGUGACGUUUGUGUGCCUGGUUUUGUCUGAAGCUAUUUGUGAGUGGUUCAAAGUACGGUUUGGAAAAUAUGCAUUUUUUCUAGUCUUAAAACUAAACUUGAGUCUGCCAUGGGUGUUUUUUUCAUUGCACUGAAUAUUCUGCUUUGUCUAUGAUGGUUUCACCUGCAGUUUUUUCUCUCUUAAACAAUUUAUAUGAUUAAAAAGUUCCAGAUUUAAAAAAAAGAAGCCCUUUUGAAAGUGUCUAUUGUUAAUGCUGUAAUUUAAAAGGAACUUCUUAGUUUGCAAACUUUCUCUGUGAGCACUGAAGAUGGUUGGUGCUUCUGUUAGGGGGGGACAAUAUCUUUUCUAAUGAGGUUUUAUUACAGUUACGAGACGGUUGCACAUUUUUUAAACUAACGGAUUUGCCACCAUGACGUGUCAUAACAUUUAUGGCAUACUAUUAAAACCAUCGUGUAUUUUAAA